AUUGGCGGCUUGGGUAAAUAUCAAAUUACUUUAUUCUUCAUAAUAUGUUUGCCAGCUAGUUUACCAUCAGCAUUUUCGGCUUUCAAUCAACCCUUCGUUGUUGGCCAACCGGAACAUCACUGUAAGCUACCAAACGGCCGUCAGGAUCUCGCACCUAUCAAAGAUAUUGCGACACAAGAAGAUCUCAAUUGUCAUCAGUACAAUCAAACGGAAGUGGAUUUUUUAAAAGGACUUAAUGAAACAGACUUCGAAUUGUCGAAAAGAAAACUGCAACUCAUUCCUUGUCAACUGGGAUGGGAGUAUGAUAACGGCACCUAUCUUGACUCACUUGUAACAGAGUUUGAUCUCGUGUGCAAUAAUAAAGGCUGGGUUGAUACGACCAGUACUGCAUUUUAUAUAGGUGGUUUCGUUGGUAAUAUUCUAUUCGGAUACAUCGCCGAUAAGUACGAUUAUGCUAAAUUGAAAGGUAUGGAAUUCAUGGACAACUCAGGCCGAAUAUUCUCUGGAAUUAUGAUCGACGUAUUUUUUGGUAUUGGAAUGACUUUACUAGGUGUUCUGGCCAUGUUGAUAAGACGAUGGCGUCUUCUGACAUUCUUCUCCAACGCACCUUUCGUCUUACUCUUCUCAUAUUACCUGAAAGUGUUUAUGAAUAUUGUUAUAAUGGGAAUAAGCCAUGCACACUUUUUACCCGAAUCUCCGCGUUGGUUGAUUUCGGCUGGCAAAUUUUCCAAAGCUAAAAAAAUCAUCGAGCGUAUCGCUAAAGUGAAUGGAAAGAAAGAUGUGGACAUGAAUGAGUUAAUGAUUCAAUUAAUCAAGUCGCUAAGUAAGACAUAUUAUUCAAAAGUUGUUCAUGAGAAUAUCGUACAAGCAUAUCAUGAACUUCUGUUAUUGAUGCUUUUCUUCUCAGCUCCAACGGAAUCGAAAAAAUUCAGCAACAGACAUAAAUCGACAUCUCUUCGAUCUCUUCAAAACAACAAAUUUACGCAGAACAACACUAUUGGUUACAUAUAUUUGUUAGCGGUGAAAGUCAUAUGUGAUUUUCGCUUUCUCUCGAUUCAUAUUGAUUUUCAAUUGAGGUUUGUAAACGCAGUCGUUUACAACGGAUUAACAUUCAACAUUUCCAAUCUGCCAGUCAGUGAUUACGUGUCGUUCAUUGUGAAUGGUGCAGUUGAAAUACCAGCCUAUCUGCUUGCGUGGCCAUCGUUGGGUUACUUGGGACGAAGGUGGACACUUGCAUUACUGAUGCUUCUCGGUGGAUUCGCAUGUGUUUCUACUAUGUUUGCGCCAGCAUCGGCUGAACACCCAUGGAUAAUUUCUGGACUUGCAUACGUGGGAAAGUUUGGUAUCGCAGGAAGUUUCGCAGUGAUAUACAUAUUUGCUGGGGAACUCUAUCCAACCGUUCUACGUGCUAUGGGCAUGGGAAUGAGUUCAAUGGUAGCUGGCUUUGGACUCAUCUUGGGACCAUAUCUCGUCCGUCUGGGCGAUUCAUCACAAAUUUUACCACUUUUAAUAAUGGGGUUAAUGUCUGUGUCAGCUGGCUUAGCUGCGUUUUUCCUACCGGAAACACUUGGCAUUGCUUUACCGCAAACGCUGGAGGAAGCAGAAACACUAGGAAAUACAACAACGUUAACAUGCAUGCCUGGAGCAAGACGUUCGAAGAGAAUCAACCAGUGGAGAGAAACACGUGAAAAAAUAAGUGGUGACAAGCAUUCUUCUCAUAAGAACUGCAGCGAUUCGAAGGAUUUAGUCGAUGACGCAGACCUUAAUGAAGCGAUAUCAUUAUGUUAG